GUGAACUCCUACGCUGGUUCCUUGUCCCUCCCUCUUGUAGAGUUUCCGCAGAGCUUCUGUGGUCGUGCUGGAGUCCAAUAGCCGCAUUUCAUCAAGACCUCUGCUCGGAGAAGUUGAUUCAUCCGCCUGAGGGGAAAAUAACGACUCGCCAAUUUAAGCAAGAGCAACGAUAAACCGCACCAGGGCAGCACUCUCCAAACUUUCCUCCACUAAAGAAAGAAAGAAGAACAUUUGUUUAAUCUGCUCGUAGUUAGGGGUCGAAUACACACUGUCUGUUUAGUGAACUUUGAUAAAGUACAGAAUGGCUGAUACAAGUGCGUCCGGCUCUCCCAGCUGCGUGGAGAGGCUGAAAAGCUACGUGAAGACCCAGAAAGGGUUCAUCCUGGCAGCAGAAAUACUUGUCAGUUUUAUCGUCAUCAUCUGCUAUGCUUCUUCCGUGUAUGGAGGCUACUCUGCGUUGGCCAUAUGUGAGAUGAUCUUCUCCAUGAUCUUCUUCGGCAUCUUCAUGAUGGACCUGGACAAGCAGAUCCUAGUGAUCAACUGGGUCUGGACUGAUCUGUUCCGUGCUGGGAUUGGUGCAGUCCUCUACAUCAUCACCUCUCUGAUCAAUUUCAUUGGAGGAUCUGGGGAUGGAGCUCGUAUCGCAGGCGCGGUGUUUGGGUUGUUCGCUGGGCUGAUAUUUGCAUACGACACCUACACAAUCUUCCUCCAAGUCCAAAGUAACAGACAGCACUCAGCAGCUCCGACUGGUGAGAAAAACAGUUUUUGUUAAUGCAUUCAAAACGCGUUCUUGGUUUUAUUUGAUAUGUGCAAUUUUCUCUAAUGUCUUGACUGUUUUUGUUUUUAACAGAUGGCAGAGUUUAAAUGUUCUCACACAGAAAUACUUCUGUCAAGAACACAGAAGAACCAAAAGCAGUCAUUUGGGCAAAGGUUAACAGAGGAGCGGUUCAGAGAGGAGGAUGGACAGUAAAAUGAGCAAGUCACAGUUUAAUAAAUGCUGCUGCAUGGCCUGAACAGAUGAAAUGUAUCUUAAAGAAUGAAGCCUGAAAAGAAGAUGACAUAGCCUUAAUAAGGGGUGCUGGCAUCUGUCUGUAUGUCUACUCCAUGAGGGAUUCCCCUCUCAAACUUUUAUUCCAACCAGACUAAAAGGGGAAAGCUGCCAAUAAUAGGGAACACUUUGAUUAAUGCAGAGAGAUUAUGAAAGAGCGACCUAGCACUCACAGAAUCCUCAACCGAUGCUUCUGAGAUAAUUCCAUAACAGCAAAGACGCUGGUGAAGUGUAACCUCCUGGGUGAUAAAAAGCUUUUUAAAGCAUUAUUUUGGGGGCAGCAAACUCAUAAAGCACUCUUUUUUCCAGGUGUCCCCUUAAUCACUGAAAUAAGAGUUCAUUUUCAUAAUCCUUUAAAAUAUCUGUGCCCAAUGGUCUUAUCAAGAUGCCAAAUGGCCAGACUUGCUUCUAGGAGGACUUUGGAUGAUGUCAUCAUGCAACUUGUCUACUGUUCACUGUUGGACUGCUGUAGUAAAUAGUAACUGUGUUAUUUGGGCUUCAGAAGCAACUGACACAGAGGUGGUGCUUUUUGAAUUGUUUAAUAUUAUAAAUGUCUUCUUGGGGGACUUUUUUUGUACUUUCUCAGCUGGUUACACCUUUGCUUUUCUGUUAUUUAAUAGUGUUCUGUGUGUUUUAUAGUGCCUUAAAAGUCUCAUUCAGAGUAACCAGUUCCCUCACCUUCUUCCGUUUCAUCUUUUGUUUCUAAGUACUAAAACAUUUGAUUUCAUUUUUAUUAAUCAGCAGUCUUUGGUCGUUUUUCUUCUAGAAUUUUGGAAUUUAGGACCCAUAGAUAGCCCAUUAACUAAACAACCUCACUUUUAUUAUUUAAAAUUAGAUCAUCAUCUUCAAGUUUUGCCUACAGCUCUUGGAUUCUUGCUCAGGUUAUGCAUUUUUCUUACGUUUGUAACACAUUGUUUUAAGGUGCUACAAUAUUUUCCUGUAGACUGUAUACUGCUCAGUAGCACAGUCCAUUUUUUGAACAUGCUAUGUUAACAUUAGGAUAUGUACUGCGAGUCUUUCCUCAACCCCUUUGGUGUUUUGUUUUUGUUUUUUUUUCCAUCUUAAUAUGCUUUACAAGAGUCUGUAAUUUCAAAGUUCAAAGGGAAAUAAAAGCCAUUUUACCACAAAGAA